AUGGCGAUUCUCGACUGGGUCUCGAAGAACCGCGACCAGAAGGCACCUGUUGUUGGUGGUGAUGGUGGCUGCGCUGAAAAAGGCCAGACCACUGUUACUGUUUCCACUCCAGAGUCGUCUUUAUGGUCAUCGUCUGUGCCAGGCACGCCUCCCACUGGACUGUCGACACCGACCGGCGCUCACGAUGCGGUUGCGUUGGAUAAACGACCGGAAUUCGGUCGGAUGGCUUCGUGGAGAGGAGCGUUGAUUCUUCUUGUCACUUCGGGCUCGCAGUUUCUCGACAAUGUUUUUAUGACUAGCUCUAACAUUGCCUUGUCGUCUAUUCAAGAGGACUUUGAUGCCACCAGUGCUGAUCUGCAGUGGAUGAUCUCUGCAUACACAUUGACCUUUGGUGGUUUCCUCUUGCUGGCGGGAGUUUUGUCUGACCGCUACGGGCGCAAGAACAUCCUCUGUCUAGGCCUUGCUUGGCUGUCUGUCUGGACAUUGGCCAUUGGCUUUGGACAGACAUUUAUCCAGCUCACUGUCUUCCGCGGCAUUCAAGGCAUCGGUGCAGCCAUGACCGUCCCAUCCGCAAUUGGAAUUAUCAGCACAUACUUUACCGGCGUUGACCGAACACGAGCAUUAUCCAUCUAUGCCUCAUCCGGCACCGUGGGAUUUUGUGUUGGUCUCAUAUUCGGUGGUUUCCUGACUGGUUCUUUGGGCUGGAGAUAUAUCUUCUACCUCAUCAUCAUCGUCACCGGUUCAUUGGGCAUCUUGGGAUUCAUCGUGAUUCCAAAAGACGUCCAGAACGAUGAGAAACCGAAGAUGGACUAUAUGGGAGCAAUCCUGUCCACUGCCGGUCUGAUUCUCCUCCAGUUCGUGCUGUCCAGUGGUGGUGAAUACGGCUGGGGCACGCCAUUCAUCAUUGCCCUCCUCAUCGUCGCCAUCCUGCUUCUCGUUGCAUUUACUCUCUUCGAGAAGUGGAUAAGCUGUCCGAUCAUGCCAUUGUCCCUAUGGGGAAUUCCCAACUUUGCAGGACUUUGGAUUGCAGGAUUCACGUGCUAUGGCAGCUACCAAAAUGUGAUCUACUACAUCGUCCUGAUGGCCCAGCAAGUGGACAACCUCUCUCCCGGCGACACAGCCCUUCGCUUUUUGCCCAUGGGAGUAAUCGGGUUCAUCGCCUCGAUGGGAACCGGAAUCGCUCUGGAAUACGUGAAUGGCAAAUAUACACUUCUUGCUGGUCUGAUUCUCACAGUCCUGGCUCCUGUUCCCAGUUCUUUGACUGCAACAAAUACAGAACCUGACUUCUGGGUGAAUGUCCUUCCUUCAUCGCUCAUCAGCAUUACGGCGGUCUCUCUCAUCUUCGUCACGACCAGUACAGCUAUCCUGACUACCGUCCCAGUUAACGUGAAGAGUUUGUGUGGUGGCAUGCUCAACACCGCAUUCCAAAUCGGCUCCGGCGUAGCCCUCGCCAUCUCCGCCGCCGUCACCGAAACAGUCGAUAUCAAAAAGGGCCACGGUAUCGCGCAGCAGUACUCGACUGGUCUAUGGUGCUCUGCUGGACUGGCCGGACUCGGACUGGUCAUUGCCCUGUUCUCUGUGAGCAGGAAGGGCAUCGGACCGGGUGAUCGCAGUGACACAGAUGUUGCUGUUUGA